AUGCAGGAAGCUCUCAUCUCCCCGGGCAAUGCCGGCCAAUUUCACUCGGCCUUGGAGCUCAAGCCGUUCGCCUUCGGGGACCAGCGCCUCGCCGCGCCGCGCUACCUCAAUAACCUCGCCUCCGUCGGCGGCGGCGACGACGCGCUGUUCCGCUGCUCGUCGCCGUUCAGCCCCAGCUUCGGCUUCUCCUCGCCGUCGCCGCUCGCCACCUCCUCCGUCUCCGUCUCGCUCUCGCCGUCCUCCUCCGCCUCGUUCGUCGACGACUGCGACACCGCCGCGGCCGCGGACGCCGCCGCCGCCGCCACGGGCCACCGGCUCCAGCUCGCCCGCCUCGCGCUGCAGUACCAGGAGGUGGCCGACCGCUACGAGCUCUGCCUCGCCCGCCUCGCCGACGCCGCGGACGAGGCUGCGGCCCUCCACCGCGAGAACGCCGAGCUCCGCGUCGCCAACGCCGACCUCACGCGCCGCCUCGCGCUCCUCAGUGGCAUUGGCAAGCAGGCCGCCGCCGCCGCCAUCGCCGAUGAGGUCCGCCGGCUCGGCUUCGGGGACCACAAGCAUGCCGCCAAGGAAUGCGCUCCCGAGAAGCCCGCCGUGCUGCCCAAGAGCAUUUCCGUCCGCUCCACCGACUACCUCAAGAUGAACAAGCCCAAAAAGGUGCAGGCCCCCGCCACGCCGGCCGCAAACAACCGCAAGCAUCGCGCGUCGAACCCGACCACCAACCCAAGCUCGGUGAGCCCCAGUUCACGCCUCGCCAACCUCAUCACGCCCCCGCUUGUUAAUUGGCAUCUGACGUUGCUGCAUGCACCCUUGAUGCGAUGCACGGAUCAGCAGCGCGUGUACAAGGGCAAUGACGGCGACAAGAAAGGCGAGGAACCCAAGGAGCCGCCACACACGACGGCGGCGGGCGGCAUGGAGCUGGAUGUGUACAACCAAGGCAUGUUCAAGACGGAGCUGUGCAACAAGUGGGAGGAGACGGGGGCGUGCCCCUACGGCGACCAGUGCCAGUUCGCUCACGGCGUCGCCGAGCUCCGCCCCGUCAUCCGCCACCCGCGCUACAAGACCCAGGUCUGCCGCAUGGUGCUCGCCGGCGAGGUCUGCUCCUACGGCCACCGCUGCCACUUCCGCCACACGCUCACCGCCGCCGAACGCCUCCACCUGCCCCGCCCUUAG